CCUGUGGCGGCAGCGGUAUUUUUAGUCUGGCUGGCUUCCUUUUGGAUCUUUUGUUCCUCCACUCGGGCAAGCGGACAGACCGUUCAGGCCGUGGAAAUAACCAAUGCCACAAUGUUACUCGCACUUUCUCCGUCAAACACAAAAAAGGAACAACGACCAACGUGUCAUUUAUGUUAUUCCAGUGAUAAGAACAACAACAGCAACAAGAUGCCAACCCCCCCCACCACCAACCGUCGCGAUCAGCUCGACAAGGCACGAAGCUCCAGUGCCUUGAGUUCUUCGAAACAACGACAACAAGAUUCUUCUCGGUCGUUGAAAGCCGGUCGCCCUGGAUUCUUUCGUGGACUCUCCAAUCCCACCCUUUUGAUUGCUUCUGGCAGCGGGGCGGUCGGAAUUACCGUCUGUGGCAAUGGAUCAUCACAGCGGAAACUACUGGGAGGGUCGCAGCGCAAACUGGGAGGUCGACAGGGUUCGCAACAAUCUCUCGGUGGAUCAUCCCAUCAUCAAAAGAACUUGGGAGACUCGAUGAGUUCGCUGGGGAGUUCCAACCGAUCCUUGUUGGCCGGUGUCCAGGUGGGCUCCAAAGUUUCCGUGACAAAGAGCUAGCUACGGUAGUCAUGACGACCAAGAAAGAAAUCAUGAAUGAGAAUUGGGUACGCAUCCCGAUCCUCUUUUUUCAGAAGUCAUUGGCGAGCUACAUGUAGAUUGAUCAAUGAGUUUGGUUUUCAUGCUGUGUUCCGAAUGAUUCGAUUCCAUCAUCUUGCCCUCCAGUGCCUCCGUUGUAUUAAUUGGUAAUAGAAAACUACAUAGUUUUAUUUUCAUUUUC